GAUAAGGACACGAACGUCUUCUUAAAUUAGGGGGAAUUCUUAAAAGCAAAGGCACAUCGUUAUGAUAAUUUAGACAGUCUGUAUCUAUGUGAGCAGCAAAGCGCUGAUAAUGUGAAAGGAAAAUAGGCAAUCCAAGAGACGUGGGGUGACGAGUUCACAUCAAAACUUCGCCACGUCGAGAAGAGUCAUUCUUUCGUUCGUAACAGAGCAAGUAACUUCUCUGUGUAAGGUGGGAAUGAAAAGGAACAAACAUAUUUAGAGUUCGGAAGCAGCGAAGUAGCAGUCGUGCUAUCGUUGACAGACCUUGAUGUGGUGAGCAAAGGAAAGUCGUUAAUUUACGCAAUCAACAAUUGGACCAUCUUCUGUAGGUCUUCAAACGACUGGCACUUCAUUCUGUUGUUUGUUGGGAUAUCACUACGCUCGUGUCGAUUAUGAGCUCUGCUUAGAUGUCAGAGUUUGGUUUGGUUGCGUCGGUCAUCGUUCUUCGGUGCUGAGUAUACGCUCUUCAGGAAGAUUACCUCGCACUUUAUUUUCAGGAUGGCAUGCAAUCAGUAAUUGUGAAUAACGACAAGCAAGUCAAAUGGAAUAUAUCAUAUUUUGAAAUCAGUGCAGAAUAUCUGUAAUAGGUGUCUGUGACCUCGAAUUGAAGUUUCCACCCGCCUUGCACGCAUUUUUGAGUUUUGAGUUUUAAUUUGGACAGUGUGAGGGAUUCUUUUUCAGUCAAUAUGAGCAGCAAGAAACGUCCAGUUUCGAGGACCAGCAGUAGUAGCGUAACGGAUGCUUUGUUUCCUGGUGUCAAUCUGGAACAAGCGGAAAAGGAUGCCGUGCUCAAGGAAGGCACCAUCGACAAGGAAUCCUCAAGCCUCUUUUAUCCUUGGAGACCCAAAUUCUGCGUCCUCACCCCAGAGAACCUAACCAUCUUCCGCUGGCAUUCCAAGAAAAAAUCAUCCCAGGAGAGGGUGCGGAAUAUUCUCUAUCGGAUGCCCCUGGAUGAUGUUACAGCCAUCGCCAACAUAGCCAAGGGGAAGAAGCACAUCCACUUCACAAUGGUGACGAAAGACGGCACUCUAGAUCUACGCGUGGGACUGAACAAUCGCGAGUGGCUCACACAGAUACAGAUGGCGGUUUUGGCUCGGAAAAAUCGACGUGACUUCGUGAAGGAGCUGAAGACAAGGUCGUCUGUUGUAGCCAAUAAGUUCAAGAGGAAAGCGUUAAGACGGAGAUCAUUCACUAAAGAUCUGGAGUAUGGAGACGGUAUAGGAAUAACAAUCAAGAACGAGGGAGAAUGCAUUGUCGUUGCUAGACUCUUCUCAGACGGGCCAGCGGCUAAGAAAGGAACUCUCAAAAUCGGUGAUGAGAUCAUUGAGGUGAAUGGCCGAGAUGUACAUGGUUACCAUGCAGAGAAGGUGGCAUCUGUUAUCAAGCAACAGACUGACAAAGUCAUCCUCAUGAUCAAAUCUUCCCAUGGGAAGAUCUCGGUAGGAACACAGAGCGAGUACCGGCACACGAUAUGCGGCGAUGCACUGAAAAGGCCACGACCACUCAGCAUCGUCACGGGGUCGGCAAUGGCCAGUGAGUAG